GACGCGUCCGGUAAACGCCAAAUAGCCUCCCAUUUCUACCCACUCAUCGAUCUGUACGCUUCAGGCGACACCCAUGUCAUCGACUGGCAGUUAGGGCUCAUGAAGCUAUCGGGAGUGACCGGGGUGUUGAUCGACUGGCCUGGUACCGCUAAAGUGUGGGACUACACGGGAAACGCUGCCAAUUGCGAGGCUAUUGUUAAGGGCUGUGAACGUGUGGGUCUGGACUACGCUAUUGUCUACGAAGACCACAACCUGGGAAUGGCCAGGGAUGCUGGAAAGUUAAAUGUCAGUAUCAUUGAGCAGGGUAAAGCCGACAUGGCGUACCUGAGGGACAAACAUAUGGUUAACAAGAAUUAUAUUCAACUGAAUGGUGCGCCACUUAUACUGGAUUUUGGACCACAAACACUACAAGGUCCCGAUUGGGACCAGGUAUACUCUGUAAUGCCAAAACCGCCCACUUUCUUAACCCUAUGGAAUCAGAUUGAUCAAGGUGGGAAAAUGGCAAAGGGGGAGUUUGCGUGGGUCUACCAAAACUACAUGGACGGCCUUAAAAACUUCUACCACUUCCGUAGUCAAGUGCCCCUGAAGUUUGGCGUUGCCUACCCGGGCUUCGUGUCGGCCUACUCUGAGGGUGGUUGGCCGGGACCUACCUGGUCCAUCAAAUACAGCACCGACACCAUGGAAGCUACAUUUGACUAUGCACGAGCAUACGGUGUUAAUUAUAUUCAAGUUGCCACGUGGAAUGAC